AUGAUCCGCGCCGGGAUGGCAGACGAAGCUGCACACGAUCACAUGCUCAAUUCCGAGUAUGCAUCAUUACUGGCUAUGGAAUUCAACCGCAAUCCUAUCGUUGAUGACGAAGCUGCGUUUGACAUCUACACACCACCAACGCACCCUGAACCUCAUACCUUGCCGGCUCGGCCUCCCAUUGUCACCAUCAUGGGACAUGUAGACCACGGGAAGACUACACUGCUGGACACCCUCCGCUCCGCAUCUGUGGCCAAGGGAGAGGCUGGUGGCAUCACCCAGCACAUUGGUGCCUUCUCUGUUCCUGUUCCUGCCACUGACGGUAGCAAGGAGCCUGCGCGUAUGAUCACCUUCUUGGACACCCCAGGACAUGCUGCUUUCUCAGCAAUGCGCGCCCGAGGAGCGAGCGUAACCGAUGUCGUGGUUCUCGUCGUCGCUGCCGAUGACGGCAUCAUGCCACAAACCCGAGAGGUCUUGGAACUGGUGAAGAGCUCCAACGUCGCAUUUGUUGUGGCCAUUAACAAGGUUGACAAGCCGGAUGCCGACAUCUCCAAGGUCGAGCACGCGCUGCUGGCUGACGGUGUACAAUUGGAGACUUUCGGCGGGGAUGUGCCUUCAGUCCCCGUCUCCGGACUUACUGGGAAAGGCCUCGAUCAGCUGGUGGAGACUAUAUCUGCACUCGCAGAGAUGCAAGAUCUGCGCGCAGAACGAGAGGGUGUCCUCCAGGGACACGUGCUCGAAUCAAAGGUGCAAAAGGGCAUCGGACCCAGCGCCACCGUCCUCGUGCUGCGUGGCAGCCUCAAAGUGGGACAGAACUUGAUCUGCGGCCGGACGUCGGCCAGGGUCCGGAACAUGUUCGACUCACACGGCAAGCCCGUCAAGGUCGCCCUCCCCGGUAUGGCCGUCUCCGUGUCCGGUUGGAAGGAGGUGCCUUCUGCCGGCGACGAAGUCCUCACCGCCUCCGAUGCGGACAUCAAGAAGGCCCUCUCCAACCGCGAGCGCAAGGCGGACAUGGAGGCGCAGCUCGUUGACAUGGAGGCCGUCAACGAGCAGCGGCGCGCCCGGCGCGAGGAAGAGGACGGCGAGGAGGGCUCUGCGGCUGCCCAGGCGGAUGGUCCGAAGGAGCUUAGAAUUAUUCUGAAAGGCGACGUCAGCGGAAGUGUCGAGGCGGUCCAGAAUGCCCUCGAAGUGAUCGGGAACGACGCCGCGAAGACGAAGAUCAUCGCCACGGGUGUCGGGGACGUGACCUUGUCGGACGUUAUGCGGGCCAAGGCCGCUGAUGGCGUCGUCGUCGCGUUCUCCGUCAAAACUCCGCGCCCAGUCCAGGCAGAAGCCGCCACACAACAUGUCCCGAUCGUAGAGUCCACCAUCAUCUACAAGCUUAUGGACGAGGUCAAGACCCGCGUCGCCGGCCUCCUACCGCCCAUAAUUGAGCGGCGUGUGACAGGCUCCGCGAAUGUCCUCCAGCUGUUCAACAUCCAGCUCAAGCGCCAGCGCACGACGCAGGUCGGCGGCUGCAAGGUCAUGGACGGCACGAUCCAGAAGAGCAGGCGUGCGCGCGUCGUGCGCAGAGGCGAGGUCGUCCACGACGGGAUGCUCGACACAUUACGGCAGCUCAAGGACGACGUCCUCGAGGUUGGCAAGGGCAACGAUUGCGGCCUCAACCUCGCGGACUUCAACGAUCUCCACGUAGGGGACGUGGUCGAGAUGUACGAGGAGAUUGAGCUGCCCGCUAAACUAUAA